CAGCAUCCUCGGUCUCCUCUUCCUCCUCCUCCUCUUGUCCGCCCGCGCGCACGCGCUUCACAACACAGCGCACGUCCACGCGCGUCUACGGUCACACUGUGGGGUUCGCGAGCGCAUACACGCAGGCAUGCAUGCACACAUGCAUACAGUCGGUCGGUGACGGAGUGGUCCAGCGCAUCCCGCACGCGCGCUGUGAACGUCCAUGAGGAAACGGUUUAGUGAGGAUCUUCAGUAAGACCGCAAUGUCCGCUCUGUCCAUGCAGGACGUAAGAAACCGCAGCUAGCCAUGUAACCAUGCAGCGGAGCGGAGCAGGCGCUGGAGAAGCACUCGGGUAACAGCGGGCAGAAAUAAUGACGAUACAGAGGACCUACCGAGUAUAACGCUACAAAAGGCAAGGCUGAAAAAAGAAAGAGGAUGAGGAGACCGUCACCAGGCUCUCUCUGCUUAGCCCCAGAUGCCUCCUCUCCCUCUUGACGAGCGCAUAGUGGUUAUUCAGCGGCCUAAAAGCUUGGCCUUGCGUGUGGCCUCCCCACCGUUAACCUCCCAGUCUUCCUCACAACGUCUUACCACCCACAACGAGCCCCCACCCCGCUCACCACAGCCCCAACCUCCUCCACCCCGUCCCUAUCCACCCUCCAACUCUCUGUCCCUGGAAUGCAGGCACAGGCACUUAUCCCGCUCUCAGAGAGCCAAGGGCGAAAGAGGUGCCACCACAGAGGACAGCACCAGGGUCCCUAGUCACUGUCACAGCAAUGGGACUGUGACUCUGGGUCCCAGACCUCACAAGCACACACAUACCAUUGAUAUUAAAGUCUCUGUGGACAAAGGAGGUACGCACUUAGACAAAGGGCACAGUAGCAGCUUGACUCGAGGUGGGAGUGUCAGAGAAGGCAGAAGCAAGAGGGUGUCUCUGCAUGUGGAUCCGGGGCAAGGUGACAGGAAACCAAGAGGAAAGUCUUCAGAGCCAGCUGAGAGGCACCUGAUUCAGACCAAGACCCAGCACGGUAGCCACCAUCAGAAUCACCUAGCAGUGUCACCUGGUGGGGUCCUGGAAUUUAUUCCAGCUCAAAGACAGCAAUCAAAACCUAGGCGGGCAAGAGAAGAAGACUUGUCACUGAAGUCUCAUUCUGCAACUGCCAACUAUAGGGACGUGCCUUCUUUGGGUAACAAAGAGAAUUCCAAACUGGGACCUGUCCAACAGCCUCCCAACCCCCACAGUCUACCCCGCCACCAUAGCUCUGCCCCAUCACCCCAUGCCUCCAUCCUAAACACCCACUACCCAGCUGCCCCACCCUCCGUCCCAUUCCACGCCCCCUCCUCCUUCCAGCACAUCAGUCAAACCCGUCCUUCCCGUACCAGAGAGCAACGCCCCCAGAUUCUUCACGGCUUGCCUCUCUCUCCCACCUCCUCUCGUGGAGGCUUUCCUAGCCCAGACCACACCUGCACAAUUGACUUUUCUCGACCAUUCAACUGUGGCUGUUGGAAGCUGGUGCGCUGUAGAGGAGGGAGAGGUCACUCUGCUGGCUGUCAAGGUGGUACUGGAAGCCCAUCCUCAUUUUCCCAAGCCCAAGGAGCUACUUCAAAUAAGAGAGGUGACGCCACCAUGGGACUGAAGACGUUAGGUGGAUGUCUAUCCACAGCCUCCACCACCAACACCUCCUCAUCCAACAGCACUGUCUCAGACUGCCGCACAGGGCUUCUAAAGCCCUUAAGAUGUGCAUCCUGUUCUGGGGAAGGCAGAGGUUUUGAGAGUCCUGCCGCGUUUCGUAAGAAACUGGUUGGUGGUUGCCUGCCCUGUGCCCCACUGUCCUCAUCUGCCCCCUUGCGUGCCCUGCAGAGUUGUGUCAGUGGAUGCAAUCCCAAGGCAAGUCAGACUGGUAGCUCCACCUGCAGCUACUGCAGCAGUGACCCAAUAGUCGUGACUUUUAACCCUCACAGAGCGAAGCCUCCCAACAUGGGCCACAGUAUUGGGGCACAUACCAUGGGAGGGUACCAACCUGAUGAUGAUGAUUACAGCGUGCGCACAAUUUGGCCUGAAGAACUUGCAAAGAAGAUGACUCGCUCUAAAACCCAACCAAAUCAUCAUAAUGCUGCAAUGGGGGUGGGAACAGCACGGUCUUGCAUAGGUCAUGACCAGAGUGGCAGCAACGGAACUAGUCCUGUUAUUCUAGACUGUCGGAAUCUUCUAGAGUUCACUCGCUCCCAACUGACCGACCACGCAGGACGACGAAGGCUCCAGCAAGGCAAGAUGGCAGUUUUGGACUUUAUGGGCUCAGGAAGCAGCAGAGACCAAGGCCGAGACUCUCUCAAGAGGCUCUGGAACAAGGGAGGAGAUGCAAGAAUGGGGGAUGAUGAUGGGUUAGAUGAUGAUAUGCUUCCACGUUCCCCCUCCCCUCGCUCUCCCCCUUCUGAGUCUCCACCCUCUUUCUCUCCUCCACCUUCUGCCCCUGGUACUCUCAUCAAACCCAAACCCAGAGGGAGAGAACGGGAAGGUGGACACUCCUUACCUUCUGCCCAGUCACUUCACUUGGUCCUCAACUCACUCAACAGAGAGCAAGAAGAUGAGGAGAAUGGAAGAGUGCACCUCUCCCUUCCGCUCUCCUCCUCCCUCCCCGCGUCUCUGUCGGAUGAGAGUGUGAUGACCCCAGAUGUGGAGAACGCUGUGGUCAGCCCCAUCCUACCGUUCCUUUUCCUGGGAAAUGAGAGGGAUGCGCAGGACCUGGACCUGCUGCUGCGACUGAACAUUGGCUACGUGGUAAACGUCACCACCCACCUGCCCCUGUACCAUGUGGACACGGGUCUGGUGCGCUACAAGAGGAUCCCUGCCACUGAUAACAGCAAGCAGAACCUCCGCCAGUACUUUGAGGAAGUCUUCGAGUUCAUAGAGGAGGCUCAUCAGAGUGGGCGAGGCGUGCUGGUGCACUGCCAAGCAGGUGUGUCCCGCUCAGCGACCAUCAUCAUCGCUUACUUGAUGAAGCACACCCUUAUGACCAUGACCGAUGCCUACAAGUAUGUGCGGGGUCGAAGGCCUGUAGUGUCUCCAAACCUCAACUUCAUGGGGCAGCUGCUGGAGUUCGAGAGAGAUCUCAACUCUGGGGUUACCCCUCGAAUCCUGAUCCCCAAACUGAGCGGCCUGGAGACACAAGUCUGAAAGAGCCAGAAUAGUGGAGGGUGAAAGAGGAGAUGAGGAAGAGAAGGCAGGAAAAAAAAGGAAAACAGAGAGGGCUGCUAAGCUGACAGCAAAAAUAACCCUAGAUUUACAUAAACAUUUACAUUUACAUGUUUAUGUGGGUUGUCUUUAGGGGUGAGAUGUUUAAAAAUAGAUCAGAUAAAAAGCAAUCCAGGAAGGAGGGUGCGUUAGAGACCUGUUCAAAUGAAAAUGGAGUACCUCCACUCUUUUGAGCAUUUCUAUUACGUAUUAUAGCGCUUUAACAGAAGUAGGCAAACACGUGUUUGUAUAACCAACUUCACAGUGAUAAUCUGUUCAUAGUUAUGUGCCAAGUUUUCUAACGCUAAGAGCACUACAUACUAAUGCAUUACUACUCAAUUUAUUCCAAUUAACAAUUAUUCAUAUUACUGAUAUUUUCUAGCAGCCCUCGUAAUGGGGCUUAAAUGCAACGCAAGGGCAGAUGACCUGGCCGUCAAGCACAGAAAAAGACAUGGUCUUUCAGAACUGGAGGAUAAAAAAACAUUGUGUUGAGACCCAAAAACUGUAGCAAAUUUCUCACACCUUAUCCACUGUGCACAGAACUUUUCUAGACAAAUUUAUUCGAUAGAGAGUUCAAACACACUUUAUUUUUUUAUCCCGGUUGUCAGUUUUACAGUCCUAACACAAAAUAGUUGGCUGCUGACAAAGUUGAGAAAGUUAAACAUAGACUUGAACUUUUAUUUAGCCUUUUAUUCAUUAUUUUAUUUUACUGCAACUUCUGUUACCUGACUCUUGUUUCACAUUCUUUAUCUUGAGUCCCUGUAUGGGAGCUGUGCAAUAGAAAUGCAUGAUGAUGAGCCCAGUGGAAGAAAUAUUGAUAUAAGUGAUUCAAGUUUCAUUACUGGACAUUUUAGAUGGAACUUGAGCUUUUGUUAUCUGUGAAACCAUCUCCAAAGAUGUUCAAGUAUGAAGAGCAAAAAAAAAAAGUAUGCUAUUGCUAUUGUCACAGUAUUUGACUUGAGUUAUGUGGCAAACAGAAGAACAUUGGUGGAUUCUGUGUUUUGUUUAUUUAUUUAUUUAUUUGUUUUAUAUACUGACCCUGUGGACUAUGUGAAAGCAUUUGCAUUCUCUGCUGGCAUGACACUGCGAGUACAGAUUUUUAUUUUUUCUAAGCCUCUUUUAUGUAUUUUUUGUUAUUUAUUCAUUCAUUUUUAUUAUUUCAUUUCUAAUCAGUUGGCCUGAUGUGAACAACACAUGAGGGAAAUGAUCUCGUGAGAUCAUAAUGGGAAUGAAAGGGAAUAUAAAACUACAGUAUUCAUUUAUAAGCUUACACAUGUACUUUAGGUGCAGCAAGUCGCCAUCUUUCUUAUCACUCUUCUUUCUGCCCAUAGCCAGGCUUUAAACUGGUCUUGACAUUGAGAGUGAGAGUCUGUCUUUUAGUGGCAUUAGAAAACUUACAGUAAAAAUGAGAUAUUACAGAUCAGUGGACUAUAAGACUGGAAUUGAAAUGAUGCCAAUCUAAUGCUACGAGUCCAUUUGUUUCAGAGGCAUAGGUGAGUUUUACCAUUGAAGCAUUGAAUGCUUGUCGAGUUGAACAAGUACAUGAGUCCCCCAUUCAUCAAAUCCAAAUAAUGAUAUCAGUUUUUAUCUUAUGAGCUUAAUCCAGGCACGUAGUUACCUACCAUGUAUGCUUUUGAUGGCCGUCUUGGCUAAUUUGCUUCUGUUGCCACUCAUUUUCAUGGCGGCCUUUUGAAUAAACCAGAUGUAUUAAGCUCUCAGGACUGAAGGCAAAUCAUCUGCUUUUAACGAUCAACUGUGGAAAAUGUCCACCAUCUUAACUCUUCCUCAAUUUUCCUACCCUUUGGUCCAUUGUUUACAUUCUCUCCUCUUAGGUUCAUAGAUUCUGAAGACUGCUCUCUCCUUUUAUGAUACUAUGCACCAUUAUAGCGUCUCCUUUCUUUAAUAUGGAAGUGUAAUCUGUGAAAAAGACCAGGCUUUGUUCGGUUCACUGUGAUAAGCUUUUCUCUUCCUGCAUAUUGUCAAGUUCUUAGCCUUAGUCCUUGAAGUCUCCCUCAUCAGUCUUGGCUUGCAGGAGGUUUGUCUGCUCUCUCAGAGCUCUUAUCUGCCUCACUGAAGCAGCAGGUUUUCACCCACCACUGCCACGUCUCCACUAAUCCUGAGAGCUGUGCUUCCACUUUGUAUUUCAGUGCAAAUGAGCUGGGCCAUAUUAGCAAAUACACCAAAUACACUCUUAAAAACAAAAGUUCCUACAUGGUUCUUUGCUCAGAUGCAUGGUUCUUGGAAAAAACAUAAAAUAAAAUGGAACCUGUAUUGAACUUCAAACCUCAAUUUCUUAAAGGUUCUAUGAACUUGCACAUCUAAUUUCCAAAAACAAUUCUUUAAAGAACCAAUUUUUAAGAAUAUAGUCUUCCAAAUGUUUCUGGAAAGGGUUGAAGGACAGAUGCCAUAAAAGAACCUCUUUUGGUUCCCUAGAGAACCUUUCAAUUAAUGGAACUUUGGAGAACCAAUUUUGUAAAUGAGGUGUGCAAGUUAUUAAAGAUCCUCCACAUAAUAUAAAGGCUUUUAGAAAGAAUCCUUAAAUUGGUAUAAAACCUUUACAUUAUUUAAGGGUCCUCUACAUCUAGGGAACCAAAAGCUGCAUAAUGAACUGUUAUGGAAAGAAAAGGAAUGGAGCAAAAAGGGUAGACCUAUAUGUGGUUUCCUACAGAACCAUGUUUGAAAAAAAUGUAUAAAUGCAAAGAACAUAACGUAAAGGUUUUGUACAAAUUAAAGGGUUCUACCUAGAACCCUUUCAUUUUGUGAAGGCUCUUUAAACUUAAACUUUAAACUUAAGCUCUUUAAAAAGAACUAAAAGGUUCUUAACACUCUUUUUCCAAAACUUGAUUUUGAAAUUGAAAUGGAUGGAUUGUCAGAAUCUGAGUUGGUGUAGCAGUUUUGCUCAGUCCCACACCAUUUUUCAUAGAGUUAGACUGAGUCGUGUUUCUAAAGGAAAUAUUAACGGUUGUUGAAAAUUUUUUCUGUGGGUUAAAAGUGCUCUGACAGACCAGACCAAUCUCUCUGACCUUUGUCCAGAGAUACAUGCUGCUGAUAUAUUCACAUGUAAUGAACAACAGAAGCAUUCAAACUUGAAUAUUUGUACUCGUGGUAGUGGUCCCAAGAACUUUGGUUCCAAGUAUUGACCUUAUUUCUUCACAUAUUUGUCUUGUAUAGGAUGAGCUGUGUCAUUCUGGAACCCUACUUUGCUCCUUUUCUUUAGCUUUUUUAUCUAAAACUGCCAAUUGCUCUUCCCUGCUUGGAUAUAUACAUACAAUAUGUUUUAGGAGUGAAAUUGAAAAUCCAGAAAUGCCUUUGGGUAUAGAAACUGUCUUCCAAGUCAGUGUAGCACCGAAGAGUGGCAAGGAAAUUUACAUUGUGAUUUCUUGGAGGAACAGAUAUUGUUUGAUUUUGUUUGUGCAAUGUACAGUGUGUGUGAGUGUAUAUGAGAGAGAGAGAGAGAGAGAGAGAGAGAGAGAGAUGAAAUGGGGAAGGAAGGUUUUUUUAUGUGAAUCUUUCUUACCAUUUCUAGUAGAAAUCCCAACCUCAGGCCUUGCGUAUUAUUCAUUAACAAAACCUUGCCAUAAGCCUGAUCUGUCAAUGCCACAAUAAACUAUGCCUUCUUUUUCCACAGGUUUGCUCUUCCAGUCAUUAAAAAUGAUUACCUCUCUAUUAUUCAAUCAUACCUUCCAUGUUAAAGAAAAGUAUGGGAUUUGGUAUGAUGAACAUCCGAAAGUGACUUUUGAGAUCACCACUCUCUGUGAACUGUCUGAGAUGUAUGAGCAUUGAAUCCAUUGUGUGUUGACUGAUCUCUAGCUAAGUGUUUUUUGCACACAAUAUUGAACAUAUAAAUGUAAAAUUUGUGUAUAAUUUGCUCAGACAUGUAAAUCUGUGUCUAUUUCGGUGACUUUAUAUUUAUUCAUGUAUGUUAUGCCUGGAAUUUCUCUUUAUUUGUUUCUUCAUUUUUUAAAAAUUACGAUCUAAGUUCUUGUGCCAAAAUGUAGGGUGACUUUUAUGGACUGAUGACAAUCACAACAUCAGUCUGUGGAGGAUGUGAAGAAGUGCCCUGAAGGAUAAAGUGUGACAAGUGCUGUCCCAUUAUCAGUGUCUUGCCCCUUACUCCCCUCCUGCCUGUCUGGGUCAUAUGACGUUAGUCCAGCUAACCCGACGCUGAUGUUGUACUGCGUUGCUGUAUCUUUAUACUUUACAUGCAGAUUUUUCCGCUAAACUGCUGAUAAAUGAUUCUCAUGAGAUGACGUUAUAUUUUCAUAUGUUGACAAUGUUUUUGUCUGAUCAUUACGAUUUUAUCAGUGACUCUUUUGAUAGAGGUGUAUAGAAGUAUUAGGUCACCGUCUCUUACGGAUGACUGGAAUAAUCGGAAUGCAUGUUGUACUUUAUUAUGUCGAACCCCAUUGCUACCAAAAACUGAGAUUUCAGUGUCCAUGCUGCACUGUAUAGUGUACAGGUGGAUGUAUCAGUCUUUUCUCAUGUUCUUGUGUUCAUUUUGUUCUCUACUCUUAAAAAUAAGGGUUCUGAAAUGGUUCUUGGCUUCUACAUUAUUUAAAAAUAUGUUCUUUAGGUACCAAGGGUACUAAAGUAAGUCAAGAGAGUGGAUUUAUAUAGAACCAUAAACAUUCAAAGAAUCAUUUGCAUACUUUGAGUUCUUUGCAUGGUGAAAUGGUUCUUAAGUUUGAUGGAAAAAGAUGGCGCUUCAUGGGUUCUUUAGUACAGAAAAUGGUUCUAUAUAGAACCAUGAACACUUAAAGAACCCUUUGCAUGAUUAAAGGGUUCUGUGCAUCAUAAAAGGGUCUUUUGGAUUGAUGGAAAA